ACCACCGAAUCACAAAUUUGGCAAUUUGAUCCUGAGCACCUUUGUGAGGUUGUUGGAAGGAAAAACAUGGGACAGGGAAGAGUAGAUAUGGAGGUGAGGCCUGAUGGGGUGGCUCUUGUUACUAUUACCAAUCCGCCUGUAAAUUCUCUCGCAAUUCCAGUUUUGUUUGGAUUGAAAGAGAAAUACGAGGAAGCUAUGCAAAGAUCUGAUGUGAAAGCAAUAGUCAUUAUUGGUUCAGGUGGUAAAUUCUCUGGGGGUUUUGAUAUAGGAACACUAGGAAAUGUAAAAUCUGGAGGAUCCCUGCCCAGUGGGGAGGAAAUUUCAGUGGGACUUAUAACUGGAUCACUGGAAGGUGCAAGGAAACCUUCAGUUGCUGCUAUCCAAGGCCUUGCACUUGGUGGUGGACUUGAGAUUGCAAUGGCUUGUCAUGCGCGCAUAGCCACACCACAAGCUCAACUUGGGUUACCUGAACUACAACUAGGAGUUAUCCCUGGUUUUGGUGGCACACAGCGGCUUCCACGCCUUGUCGGCCUCUCAAAAGCACUUGAGAUGAUGCUUUUAUCUAAACCAAUCAAAUCUGAAGAGGCAAGUGAGUUAGGGCUUGUUGAUGCUAUAGUACCACCUGCUAAACUGGUGAAUACAGCUUGUCGCUGGGCAUUAGACAUUGCAGAGUUUAGAAGGCCUUGGGUACCCAGCCUUUACCGGACUGACAAGUUAGAACCUCUGGGAGAGGCACGUGAAAUCUUAAAAUUUACACGAAAUCAAGCACAAAAGAGGGCUGCCAAUCUCAAACACCCACUUGUUUGCAUUGAUGUAAUUGAAGAGGGUAUUACAUGUGGACCAAUGGCUGGCUUGCGCAAGGAAGUGGCUUCUUUUCAAGAGCUUAUCAAGUCCGAUACUGCCCAGGCAUUGAUUCACAUCUUCUUUGCACAACGUUCAACCUCAAAGGUUCCUGGAGUCACAGAUAUAGGCUUAAAGCCAAGAAAAAUAAGAAAAGUAGCUGUUGUUGGUGGGGGUUUGAUGGGCUCUGGUAUAGCCACAGCGCUAAUUCUGAGUGGCUAUCCUGUGAUCCUUAAAGAAGUAAAUAAACAGUUCCUUCAGGCUGGUCUUGACCGAAUCAAAGCAAACUUACAGAGCCGUGUAAAGAAAGGUAAAAUGAGCCAAGAGAAGUUUCAGAAGACAUUUUCAUUAGUACAAGGAGUUCUUGGCUAUGAAAAUUUUAGAGAUGUGGAUAUGGUAAUCGAAGCUGUAAUUGAAAAAGUCUCUUUGAAACAACAAAUAUUUGCUGACCUUGAGAGAAAUUGUCCAGCACAUUGUGUACUAGCAACAAACACAUCUACUAUAGACUUAAACCUGAUUGGUCAAAAUACCAAUUCACAGGAUCGGGUUGUUGGGGCACACUUUUUCAGUCCUGCACAUGUAAUGCCACUUCUGGAAAUAGUGCGGGCAGAAAAGACAUCACCUCAAGUCAUAAUUGAUCUCAUGGAUGUUGGAAAAAAGAUAAAGAAAACUCCUAUAGUGGUUGGAAACUGCACUGGGUUUGCUGUGAACCGCAUGUUCUUUCCAUACACUCAAUCGGCUUUAUUGUUGACCGAUCUUGGCUUAGAUGUAUAUCAAAUUGAUAAAGUCAUUACUAAGUUUGGAAUGCCUAUGGGUCCAUUUAGGUUGGCUGAUCUUGUUGGUUUUGAGGUUGCAGUAGCAACAGGGAUGCAGUAUCUAGAGCACUUUCCAGAGCGUGUUUACAAGUCACUAUUGAUACCAUUCAUGAUAGAAGACAAGAGAGCUGGAGAGAGGACACGUAAAGGCUUCUAUUUGUAUGAUGAUCGACGUAAAGCUCAACCAGACCCUGAAAUCAAGAAGUAUAUCGAGAAGUCAAGGAAAAUGGCAGGCUUGAUAACUGAUGGCAAGGGCAUCUCCUUGACAGAGAAGGAUAUUAUUGAAAUGGUUUUCUUUCCUGUUGUCAAUGAAGCUUGUCGUGUUCUAGAUGAGGGAAUAGCAGUUCAAGCCUCAGAUCUUGAUAUUGCAUCCGUCAUGGGCAUGGGAUUCCCACCCUACAGGGGUGGUCUUAUUUUCUGGGCAGAUUCCAUUGGAUCAGAUUAUAUUUAUAAAAAACUAAAGAUCUGGUCCGAGUCAUAUGGUGGUUUCUUUAAACCUUGUGCCUAUUUGGAAGAAAGAGCUGCAAACAAUGCCAAGCUGAGUUCCCCGGGGAAAAGUGUGAAGUCCCGAUUAUAAGAAUGGACAAUAAAAUGAGGAUCUUGUCAAAAUUGCUUGAUGAAGAUCCUUUGUAAGAGCAACAUCUAGUUUUAAUCAGCUUUUCGUGUCUUCAUACCACAUUUAUUAUCAAGCAAUGGUACGUGGCUUACGGAAUUGUCUUGGGCUACUUGGGAUAGGGGGUGGAUAAGAAUUUUGCAACAGAGUUUUUUCAAGCAUUAUGAUUAUCAUACAAAUUUUGCGGUAUGAUACAUGGUUAAGCAUGACUAGUAGGGAAUAAUUCUGGAAAUAAUUGUUUUCAUUGCAUACCAAUUUAAUUUUACUCAAUAAUGUUUAAGUGAUAUGAAUCUAUCUUCUAAGAAACAAAAGGCUUAUGAGAGGAGAGGUUGCAAAUCA